UGAAAUAAUGGCGAUGGGUCCGCCAGCGGCAGAUUUGUUCCUGGGGAAUUUUGACUUCGCAGUUGAAUUUCCAUUUCCUAUCACCCCGAAUGUUAUCCCGGUAGGAGGUGUAACUGCGGAAGCACCAAACGACCUUCCUCAAGAACUGGAAGACUUCAUCCAGAGUUCUGGAGAUGACGGGAUUGUGGUGUUCACCUUGUCAACCUACUUCGCGUCUGUCACGACAUCCAGACCUCACCUACUGAAGAUGUUCAUCGAUGCGUUGGCUAAGCUCCCCCAGAAGAUCAUCAUCCAGCUCAAGGUCAUGCCCCAGUACGAUCUCCCGCCAAACAUUAAAGCGUUGCCAUGGCUACCUCUGAAUGACCUCCUGGGUCAUCCCAAAACUCGGCUCUUCAUGUAUCAUGGCGGAAACAACGGCUUCUACGAAGCUGUGUACCACGGCGUACCCGUCGUCGUCGUACCGUUCAUCGCGGAUCAAUUCGACACCGCGGUCAAAGUCACGUCGCAUGGGAUGGGACUACAGCUCGACAAACACACGCUCAGCGCCGACUACAUUCACAAGCACGUCGCACAAGUGUUAGGAGACGAGAAAUACAGCUUAGCAGCCAAACGUUUGUCCACCAUCUUACGAUCUCGACCAAUGGAACCGGUUGAUCGAGCUGCCUUUUGGAUUGAACACGUGAUUAAACAUGGCGGAGAUUACAUGCGAUCCCCUGGGAAGGAUCUAUCGUUUAUCCAAUAUAAUUUGAUUGACGUUUUUACAUUUUUGAUAGGAAUCGGGGCACUUCUUUUAUUCGCAUUCUACAAGAUCAUGCGCUGUUGCAUUUCGUGCUGCUGGCGAAAAAAAAAUAGCCAAAAGAGUAAAAGUGAAUGAAUUAAAAGUAAGAUAUGACCUAUAAGCCGAUAGAGUUGUAAUAUAUUUUUCUUAUCUCUUUACAUGAAAUGAUCGUGACAAUAUGAUUAAUUCUUGACAGAUUAAAUUUAUCUUUUCAGAACUUUGUUGAUCAGUCUAAAGUGUCAUAGAGAUUGAUCGAUAAAGUUCGGAAAAUAUUAUAAACUUU